CCCUGAGUCAGGACAAGUGAGUGCCACUGGGGAUGACAGUUGCUUCAGGCAACCCUGGGGAGGACAGGGUUGGGGGUAAAAAUCACUGGAGAAGGCCUGAGCUGGGAAGGAAAUGGAGGGCUCCCGUGGCACCGAGUGUGAUAGGGCAUCUGAGACCUCGUCCUUCAUAGGAGAUGGAGAAGAAGAGGAAGAAGAGGAGGAGGAGGAAGAAGAAGAAGAAGAGGAGGAGGAGGAGGAGACUGUGGACCCAGAAGAAGCAGAGGAACUGACUAACAGUUUAAAAGAUCUUAUCCAAAGCGAAGAUGUGAAACCCAAGCUUCAGUACAUCAUGACUAACCCCUCCUUUUCUAUGGUAACAUGUCAAAGUGAAGAUAGUGGAAUAACCUGGGAAACAAGCUCGAGCAGAUGUUCUACUCCCUGGACCUCAGAAACUAGUACAACUUCUGAUCUUUACAGUAUGGAAAGUUCACCAGUAGGUUCUCCUCCAGGAAAAGUUAUCUUUAUUAUGGAUGAAGGUAAGAUUGUUCGGAAAAGGACACGAAAAUCUUCAAAUAAGGUGCCAGUGGCUACAAGCCUGAAGGGAGGUCAGAGCAAUAAAAAACGUGACUCAUCUGUAAUGCAGAGGCAAGAACCAAGAACUGUUCUAGGAGAUGUGCAGGCCUCUGUGUUGAACAUUGAGCAGGUGGAAGCACAAGACACGGAUGAAGAAAUGUUGGAUAACAAAGAGGAUCAAGAGAACAUCACAGAAGAGCCAGUAAAACGUGCUCCAAUAAGAUCAAUAUUUAGGGAGAGCAGACUGAGAAAAGUUGGUCCAAUCCUUGGAGGACCAGUACAAGCUAGAAUCCAGCUGUUUAACUCAAUUUUUGGAGGGACUGGUCCACCCCCUGAAACAUCAGAGAAAACCAGAAUACGGAGAAGUAGCUCAGUUUCAGGAGACUCUGAACAGUUCCUUGAAAUGUCAGUAAAAGAAAGAUUGCAGAAGUUCAGUUCACACUUAGAAGCAACACGUCCAAAAUCUUUUCAGGGAGCAAGAAGUAGAAUUCUUCAAACACCAUCAGAGAGAAGAAGGAAGCAAAGAGAACAACUCACAGAACACACAAAUCAAAGCUUUUCUUCACCAACACUUGAAAAACAGCUUACUAAGAAAAACAAUGUUUCAUCUGAAAAUAUUCAACAUGAGGAAAGAAAAGACAGACAACCUCUUCUGGAGACUCCAAAUCAGGUAUCAGGUCAUUCCCUGGAGUCCUGCCCUCCUAAAGAAGCCAGGAAGCAGCUAAGUCAUUCACCUGUGGCCAAAACAUCAGUAACAGAGCCAACAACCUCCACAUUGUUAGAGUCUGAUGAGAAGCAGAUGCAGAUUCCUUCAGCUGAAAAUACAGACCAGUUUGUGCUGACACCAUCAGGUCAUCUGGAUGAAGCAAAAAAGCAGGAAUUUCAGCCCAAUUCUGCAUAUAGAAAUACUCAGCAUAUUUUGCCUAUGGCAUCCGUGUCAGAACACCCUGAGAGGGAAGCGCAGAAGUCUUACUUGGCUAGUGCUCCAUCAGCUAAAUCCAAAUAUUCUGCUCUAACUGAAACAAGACAGGAAGAUACUAUUCCUCAGCCGUCAGAAACUGCACAAUCUGAGUCUGAAAAUGUGCUUUUACCACAUUCUGGAGGUGAAAUGGAGAAGCAAGAGACCAAGUGUCCCUUAUCAACAACUGCACUGUCAGAAUCUGAGACUUCAGGUCUAACACAUUCUGCUGAAACAAAAGAGGGUCAAGAGACCCCUCUCUCAGAAACUCAAAAUAUUCAUCUGGAGAACCAAACAAAGUCAGAACAAGGCUUUUCCUCCUACCUUCAGGAAACAGAUGAGCAAGCAAUAAAUCCACCAAUUCUACAAAAUAUAGAUUCUAAAUAUUUUGGCAUUUCAUAUCCUAUUGAUACAGGAACAGAAGAAACUCAGAAAACUUCAGCUAUAGAUAAAGCAGUAGAUUUGGAUCAGUCUGAUUUUUCCAUUGAAAAAACCAAACAAGCAGAAAGUGCACAAAUGGAGAUGGAACACCUAGACUUCUCAUAUUCCAGCAAAGAAAUUGGGGAAUCAGAGACAACACAGAUGGAGACAGAGCAUCUGGACUUCUCUUCUUCCAAGGAAGAAAUAGAGGAGUUGGAGGGUGCACAGCUGGAGAUGGAGCAUCCAGACUUUUCUUUUUCCAGGGAAGAAAUGGAGGAACCAGCAAGUGCACAGCUGGAGACAGAUCAUCCAGAUUUCUCAUAUUCCAGGGAAGAAACAGAGGAAUCAGAGAGUGCGGUACUGGAGACAGAAUAUCCAGAACUGCUUUUUUCCACAAAAGAAACAAAGAAAUCAAAGAGUUCACAACUGGAGAGAGAACAUCAAGAUUUUUUUUCCAAGGAAGAAAUAAAAAAAUCAGAGAGUGCACAGCUGGACAUGGAGCAUCCAGACUUUUCUUUUUCCAGGGAAGAAAUUGAGAAACCAGCAAGUGCACAGCUGGAGACAGAGUGUCCAGAUUUAUCAUAUUUCAUAGAAGAAAUGGAGGAAUCAGAGAGUGCACAGCUGGAGGGGAAUCAUCCAGACUCUUCUUUGUCCAGGGAAAAAAUGGAGAAAUUGGAGAGUGCACAGCUUGACAUGGGUCAUCCAGACUCCGCUGCUACUGAGAAAGUAGUGGAGGAAUCAGAAAGUAUACAGCUGGAAAUGGAACAUCAGGAAUUUUUAAUUUCCAGGCAAGAAACAGAAAAACAAACAUCUGAUAAUUUUGAACUGCAACAGCCAGAAUCUUAUUUCCCCAAAGAGAGAGAACAUGAAGAAAAAGAAGAGCUUGCACUGUUACCUUCAGAUUUAUCAUGUUUGAGGAAGGAAGUGGAGAAAGAAAACACUACAGGACUCCAGUUGGUACAUGCAGACAAAAUUGAUUCCACUGGAAGAGCUGAGAAAGAGCAAACUGAGUAUCUGGAAACAGCACUUUCAGAUUUAGCAUGUCCCAUGAAUAAAACAAAGCAGAAAGAAUUGUUGCAAGCAGAUCCAGAAAAUUCUCUUGACGCAUAUUUUAGUGACAAAGGAGAACAGCCACAGCCUGUGCAGCAGGAUUCACAACAUGGAGGUAAGCUGGAUUCCAGUGACAAGGGAGUGCAAGGAGAAACUACUCAAUUUCAGCCAGAGCAUCCAAUUUGGUCAUAUACUACUGGCAAAGAACAGCAACAUAAAACCUCACAACUGAGGGCAGAACAGACAGAGACAAUGUACUCUCCUGGCAAAACAGAACAGCAUCAAGUAUUACAAACAAAGCUGGAGCAAACAGAUUCCUCUUAUUCCCAGGGAGAAACAGCACAGGAAGCUGUAAAAAGAAACUUAGAAGGUCCAGAGCCAACGUGUUUCAUUAGUGAAGCAGAACAACAUGAAAAUGUAGAACUAGUUUUGGAAAACAGGGAUUUCUCAUUUAUCACUGGAGAAGUAAUGCAAAAAGGAGUAGAGUCCGGCUCUCUGGGGUCACAUUUGACUGACAAAGCAAAGCCCUGGGAAAUGACACAAAUGGAGCAGGAACAGUCUUUUCCCUCCUUUUCCACUGCUAGCACUCAACAAGAAACACCACCACUGAAUGUGUCAAAGCCAGGUGUAUCACGUUCCACUGGCAGAAUGGAAGAAGAAGAUACAGUACAAAGAGAGCUGAAGCAACAGGAAACGGAUGAACAAAAACCUGUGCCAAUGGAAACAGAGUAUUCAGAUUUGUCAGAAAGCUUGGGUAAAGAGAUGACACAGGUCGUAGACCAAAUUAAUUUGGCACAGCAAGAAAUGGCUCAACCAGGCUUAGUGCAUCCAUCUUUGCCAUAUUCUUUCAGUAAACAAAUGCAAAAAGAAAUGCAAACAGAGCCAGCAUAUCCAGAAAAAACAUCUUAUGUAAGUAUAGAAACACAGGAGGAAACAAUGCAACAAAAAUCAGAACAACCAUUUCUUUCCUGUUUUACUGGAAAAGCAGAGCAACAAGAAAUAGUACAUCCAGAGUUGGAGCAAAUGUUUUUGCCACCUUCCAGUGGAAAAGAAGCUCCACUGGAAAUGGAAAUGAGUUCAGAAUGCCUAGAUUUGUCAUAUUCCUUUUAUGAAACUGAACAAGAACAAAAAUUGAAAAAUCCAACCUUACCACUUCAUUCAAAGCAACAAGAAACUGAACGUCCAGAUUUUUCAGAUGACAGUGGUGAGCCGAAACCAGGCAGCACUGUAGAGCAAGACCCAGGACAUUCAGAGCUCUCAUAUUCCAUGGGAGAAAUACAGCAACAAUCAGAACAUAUGCAUUCACCAGGAACCCUGGGCAAAGCAGCACAAGAUGCAAGUAUGGAAGUAGAAUCUCAGUACCCAAAUCUGCUGUGUUCUGAUAUCCAAAGAAAUCAGCAAGAAACUUCACAAUUGGAUUCAAAAUAUUCAGGCAAAGAACGAACAACUCAGAAGUUUGAUUCUAAACAUCAAGAAUUGCCUAAAGUGGCCAAAAAAAGAGCUUUCCCAGCAACUGCACAAAUAGAGUGGAAACAUCCAGAAAUUGCACCGUGGGAAGUGAAGAGUCCUGAUUUGUCACAUUCCACUGAUGAGACAAAACAGCAAGAAGAAGCACCAUUGGAUCAGAAACAGAGAAAACUUUCUGUUGGCAGAGAAGAACAACAGCAAGCAACAAAGCAGCAGUUAGAACAAGAAAAGUUAUCUCAUUCUCCUGGUAAAAUGGAGCAUUUCAAACAUGGCCAGGAGGGCUUGGAACAACCAGAUUUAUCACUUUCCAUUGAUAGGCCAGAUGAUGAAAUAAUGCCACCAGAGACAGAGCACACUGAUGUGAUAUCUCCUCUGGAUAACACAGAGGUGCAACGAAAAGGACGACAAGAAAUUGAGCAAACUUACCGCUUUGGAAAAGCAGAACACAAAACGGUUCAGCCAGAAGUGGCAAUUUCACAUUUGUCCCCUUCUGCAGGUUCAGCAGAAGCAAAAAUGGCAGAACCAGGGCAGGGGCAGCCUGACUUGCUUUACUCUGUUUUCAAAGUAGGGGAGGUGCAAACAGCACAGCCGAAACCCGAACACUCUACUCUACCGUGUUCCGUUGAUGAAGUGCGAGAAACAAUCCAGCUGGGGCUGGAAGAGCCAGGUGUGUUGUACAGUCAUGACAAAACGGAGCAACUUCCACCUGCGCAGCUGGGCCACGCAGACUUGGCACCCCCAGCUGCUGCAGUGGGACAAGAAGGGGUGGAACACACAGCUGUGGAAUGCCCCAAUGAGGGACAGUCCACCAGCAGAGCAGAGCAUCCACAAGCUGCCAAAGAGAAACAGGGAACUCUGGAUUCAUCAUCUCAUGAUGGAAAAGAGCAGCAAAGAGAAAUGGCAAAACCAGAGCCAAAUAAUCCUGAUUUAUUGUAUUCCUUUGCUAAAGCAAAACCUCAAGAAACUACACAAUUGGUGUCAGGAAAACCAGUUCUAUCAUCUUGGCCUGGCAAAACAGAGCAAAGACGAACUGCUCAAGAGGAGAAGCCACACUUCUUGCAUUCUUACAAAAAAGCUGCACAAGACAAGAAAGCACAGACAGAAUUGAGACAUUCAGAGUUAUCUUAUUCUGUUAGUGAGGCAGAACAAGAAACUUUAAAUACAAAAUCAAACCACUCAGAUUUAUCUGCUGGCAGAUUAGAAGACCAUGAAAUCAUACUGCCAGAGGGAGAAAUAAUGAAUUUAUCAUGUUCAAUUGGUGGAACACAGCAAACUCAAAUUGCUGAAGAAGAUUCGAAGUAUCCAGAUUUAUUACAUUCCACUGGCACAGUACAGCAAGAGAAGAUUCAACCAGAGCAGGAACAAAUAGGUGAUUUUUCAUCAUCUCUAAGUAAAGAAGAGCAAUUGGAAGAUGCAGGAAUGCAGGUAGAACACCUUGAGUUUCAGUGCUCUACGAAGAAAAAAGAAGGACUGAAAAAUUCCCAAGCAAAAUCAGAAUAUGCAGAUUUGUCCUUCUCUGUUGGCACAGCAGAACCUCAUGAAACAACACAGCCAGAGUUGAAAGAACAGAGUUUGUUGUAUUCUUUUGUAAAAACAUCUCAGGCUGGCUUAUCAGUGUCUGAACAUUCAGAUGUCUCGGAUGCCAUGGGCAAAGUACUGCACACAGAUUUGCCCUUGUCUGUUAGUGAAGAAAAACAAAGUGCACAGCUGGAGGUCAAGCAGGAGAGGCAAAGCUAUACAUUACAUCCAGAGGAAACAGUACAACUAAAAUUGGAACAACCAAUGUUUUCAAGUCCUCAUGGCCCAGAAGAGCAACCAAAUACGUCCCCACUGGAAAGGGAAUUUCCAGACUUCUAUUCCUCUGAUAAAACAGAAACACAGGACUCUUCACAAGCAGGGUUCAUGCCUUCUGAUUUUUCACAUUACACCAGAGAAUCAGAGCAGUUGCAACCAGAACAACUGAAAUCAAAACAUCAAGAUUUGCCAUGCUCUCUUGACAAAGCAGAGACUCGUGGAAUGAAGCCACCAGAUUCAUGGUAUUCCUACAGUGAGUCAGAGCAACCACAGACUGCCCAGCUGGAGCAUCCAGAGAUACCAUUUGGGAGUGAAAUAAAGCAGAGAGAUGGGGCCCAACCUGAACUUCCACAUAUUAAUUUGCAGUACUCUGAUGUUGAAACAGAUCAACCAGAAACACCUGCUGUAUCAUAUACCUUUGUCAGGAUGGGGGAGCAAGGAACUUCACAACCAGAGCUCAAACUGUCAGAUUCAUUAAGUUGUACUGACAAAGCAGAAAAGCGUGAAAUGGCCCUGCUAAGGGCAGGACAUUCUGAGAAGCGAGGCACUGGGGCUACUUCAUCUCUAACUGCUCAGCUGGAAACUGAACAACAAGAUUUACCAUUUUCCACUGAGGAAGCAGAGAGAGAAAAAAUUCAACCAUACUCAUCUCUUACUGAAAAAAGAGUGUCUGUACCUUUGGGUGCUUCACAUGCUGUUUCUGAAACAAACCGAGAAGGAAGCCACAAGUCCUCACCUGUAACUGGAGACCUGUCACCCAAACGUUUAGAUUUAUCUUACUCCUGCUGUAAAGCAGAGCACUCAGAAACUGCCCAAUCUGAGUUAAGGUCCUUUUUUCCAAGAAAAGAAGCAGAGAAUUUAAAAAGUCUUCUACAGUUGCCUGUGGCUGCAAAGUCAGAGGCUGAACAUGAAAUUUUACCUGAAGCAGAGAGAGAACUGACUCCACAUUACUUUCACACAGCUACACAAUUAGAAUCUGAACAAUCAAAUUUAUCAUAUUCUACAGAUAAAGUAGAAACUUUAGAAAGUCAGGAUUACCUGACUGUACCUUCAAAUUUGGAUUCUGGACCUUCAGUCUCAUUUUAUUCAGCUGAUGAAACAUGUCAGCAAGAAAUUCUACCUUAUUCAAAACCAGACUCUGAAUAUUUGGUUCCCACAUGGUCCCUUGCUGAACAAGAGAAGCAAAGCAUGCAGCCACUUAUUACCCAGCCUGUACAAUCAGAAUGUAAACAUGCAAUUCCACCCCAUGAUGAAAAACAAUUGCAAAAAAUUCAGCUCAGUUUGGCUGAAACAGCAAGCUCAAAGACAGUGCAAUUAGAGAGUCUAUCUCCAGUGCACACACAAGAUCAAGACAAGCCAGAAUCUUGUUUGCUCAACAGAAAAUAUUUGUCACCAGAGCAGCUAAGAAGUUCCCCUAAAUUCACUACUGAGCAAGAUGAGCAAGAAAUGCAACCUGAUGUGCAGACAGUGCCAAGGUCAAUGACCACAGAGUCAGAGGUGACUGCUGUAGCAGACCAGCAAGCAGAGUCAGAGUCAUUUGUACCUUUUCAUAUGUUACCUGGAAAGUCAGAACCUGUAAGGUCAGUAUCUGUGGCUUUUACUGAUGAUGAAAAGAAACAAAAUAUUCCAUCACCUGUUUUUGAUGUAGCAGGCAUGCUUAGAAAGCAAUCUAACAUAGUUUCAGGUGUUUAUACUGAAGGAGAGCGGAAACGUGAAAUGCAACUAUGUUUUGAAGAACAGAAGCACACAACCUUGGAGCAUUUGGAAGCUAUUUCAUCAGAUCUUUUUGAAACUGUGACACACAAAAAUCAGCAUUAUUCUUGUGGACAGGACAGUCUUUCUUCAGCAGAGAUUAAGUCUGCUGGCUCUAGUUCUGAUGAAAAGCAGAACCUAGAUAUUUCAUCUGUUGGGCUAGCUAGCUGGCUGGUAGAAGAGGUGAAAGCUUGCUCAAUUAGUCCAAUAAGGGCUGCAGAUGUAGACAGGCAAGGAAUUCAGUUUUCUCCAAGUGAAUUCCCAGCUGGAAGUUGCACAGAACUUACAGUUGAUGGGACUGUAGAGAAAAGGGGGCAUACAUUUAGAGUUUCUGAAUCAGUGUCAAAUGAAUUUGCUCACAGGAAGAGCUCAGACACUGGUCCUGGAACACAAAGGUAUGAUUUACCACCUUGGGUAGGAGAUAAUCAAAGUCCAGAUAACACUGUGGAGUAUGAAACUAGUACUGUAAAACCUGCAAAAAUGGAAGUAAUGCAACAUCUGGAGGUAGGCAAAGUGUCUGAAGUGCCUGAACAUUACCUGAGAGGAAAAGAGAAAGAAAUGGAACAUGUGAGUGCUGUAGAAGACAGUCAAUGUGCUCCAGAGACUACUGAACAAAAAGAUCUAUUUAAUAUAAUUUCAGAAGGUUAUGAAAUACUCAAUAUUCAUGCUCCUACACAUAUUUCUUCUGUUGAUCAAGAAGAAAGUAAACACAUGCCAGAUAAAUUAGAAUACUUGGAAACAAAUCCUUCAUUUAAAAGAAAAUUAGCUGAGGAUGGCCACAGAACCCCAGCUUCUGGAAGAACCACAGAAAUUUCAGAAGGCUCAGUGUGUGGAAAGACUGCAAGCCAUGAUAUACCAGAAUUGGUCAAAAAAGAUAAUGUUGAGGAAACUGGAGAAACACAACAAGAAAAUCCCUUUUUGCCAGAGAACAAUAAUUAUGCAGUGCUGGAUCCUAAUAAUGGUACUGCUGAUAUGGAUUAUUUUGAAAAAUAUACAUUGAUUGACGACAAAUCCCCAAUUAAGCCACAUUUUGAAAGACCAAUUUCAUUGUCUCCUGUGACAGAAGAUCCCAACGAACCUAUUGAAAAAGCCAAAUCUUUUAAAGAAAGCACUGAGGGAGAUACUUUGGAAGAGUUUUCCUUACUUGAGGAUCUGGAUGAAGUCUUUUAUGGUACCAUGAAAGGAGAAAGCAAAAUGCAGUCCUAUGCAGAUGUUUCAAAACCUUUACCUCUGCAGAAAUCAGUUGAUUCUAGCAGUAAAAGCAUUACAAAUGUAGAAGAUGAAAGGAAGUCACCAGGGACCCCACUCUUUGACUCAGACGAAGGAGUGCUAGAACGAUCUCUCUUGUUCCCUACCACAGUUGCUGCAAUUAAUCCAGAGCUUCUAGAGGAGCCACCUGCUCUAUCAUUUUUAUACAAGGACCUCUAUGCAGAAGCAGUAGGAGAAAAGACAAAGGAUGAGGCUCCCUCUGAUGAGGAAAGUGGUAAUUCUAAUGCGUCUUUCCCUAGUAGGAAUUCAGACACAGAUGAUGGAACUGGAAUAUAUUUUGAAAAAUAUAUUCUUAAAGAUGAAAUUCCGAAUAAGGCCAUAGGGCCUCAAAAAGAUCAGACAUCAGAGGAUAAAUCCUUUAGUGGAGGAAUUUUGACUUGGAAUUCAGAGAACAAGCAGAAGGAGGGAUAUGGUGAUGUUCAGUAUGUCAAAACUGAGGUUCUUCCAGAAAGGGGUGUUGUGGAGAGAGACAAAAUCCAGGUUGACAGUGACAUUCAGGCAACAAUUUGUAAACCAAUGCAUGCCAUUCCUUUUGGAAGCAGAACAAUCCUUUCGGGUGCAAGAACUGAUACCACAGAACAAAGAGAAGAAGUAAAUUUAUCUCUAGAAACAACUGAGGAGUUGCCAGAGCAUUCAAGUCAACAAGCAUAUAGUCAACUAGUGGAUAAUCAGGGAGCUGCAUAUCAGGAAGCUGGUAAUAAGCAGGAAGAAAAGGAGGAAGAACAGCACAAUACAGCAGCUGUUGCUCAAAUGGAAAAAUACAUUCCAUUUGUUGAUGAUAGUGUAGGUGAUCAGUAUACUCAGGAACGUCUUUCCUGUGUCCCUACCAUUCAGCAAACAGAGAAACCAGAUUUUCAAAGAGAGGAGCAGCACCCUGAUAUUUAUGAAGAUCUCUCUGAGUCAAUGGACUAUGAUGUGAUUACGCAAGAAGAACUUUUGCAAGACGAAAUAUCGUCUCAGUUUACACAUGAGGAGCUAUUAUUUGAAGACAGGGACUCUUUUGAGCAUGUUGUUGAUAGUUACGAAUUUAUUAAUGAGCCAGAACAAGGAACACCUGUUGAGCUUGAAGAUUCAGGUUUUGUGGUGAUGUAUCCUGAAAAAUCGACAACAAACAUUCCUCAGGUUGAGAGCCCCCACAGAGAAAUGAAGAAAGCACAAGUAGACACAUAUUGUUACCACUGCAAAUGCCCAAUAUCUGCUAUUGACAAGCUUUUUGGAGAGCAUAAAGACCAUGAAGUCACAACACUAGAUGAUGCUUCAGCCAAGAUGAAGGAUCAAUUAAGUGAAUUGCUGAUAGCACUGGAAGAAAAGUCAAUAAAGAUCGAGGAGUUUGUGAGUGAUAUUGAAUUGCGAUUUAACUCAGUUGAGGAAAAUUGUAAGAAAAGUGCAGACUUACUGGAAAAGCAGAAUGAAGAGAUGCUUAAGAAAGUGGUAGCACAGUAUGAUGAGAAAUCAGAGAACUUCGAGGAAGUGAAGAAGAUGAAAAUGGAGUACCUGUAUGAGCAGAUGGUUAAUUUCCAGCAAACUGUUGAUUCAGCAAAGGAAACUUUGGAGACAACAGUUAAAGAAGCAGAUGAAGUGGAUGGAUUUGUUUUCCUAAAUUCAUCUAAAGAGUUGAAUAAAAGGUUACUUUCUGCAAUGGAUACCACCCUCCCUUUAGAGAAGGUGCCCAGUGCUUUUUCACUAUUUGAGCACUUUGCAGACAGUCCAGGACAAAGCAACCAGCAGUCCUCACAACACGUGGCUGUCCCACAGGCACCAACUGUGGUACCCCAGGAGCCAAACUCAGCCACCAGCACCUCCAUUGCUGUCUACUGGUCUGUGAAUGACGGGGAUGCCAUCGACUUCUUCCAGGUCUAUUGUAUGGAGGAGCUGCAAACCACCAAAGAUGCAGGGGCCCUAGUGGAAGAGUACAGAGUGACGGUGAAAGAGAGCCAUUGCAUUUUGGAGGACCUGGAGCCAGAUCACUGCUACAGUGUGUGGGUCAUGGCUGUGAAUGGCACAGGCUGUAGCUUACCCAGUGAAAAAGCCAUUUUUAAAACAGCACCCGCUGUCCCCACCAUCAAGGCCGAGGACUGCACAGUGUGUUGGAACACGGCCACUGUCCGCUGGCGUGCCGGCUCUGUGUCAGCGGAGUCCUUCAUCCUGGAGUACUGCCGACAGCACUCGCCGGAAGGAGAAGGUCUCAGAUCUUUUGCUGGCAUAAAGAAACCUGAACUGAAAGUAUCCCUGGAGCCCAAUGUGAACUAUUUCUUCUAUUUGAGGGCUGUCAACCCGUUCGGAACAAGUGAACAAAGUGAAGCAGCUCUCAUCUCAACUAAAGGAACUCGAUUUCGCCUGCUGAGUGACACAGCCCAUCCAGCUUUGAAAAUCUCCUCCAAUGCAACGGUGAUCCACCUUCCUGAGAAAACUAAACUCACUGGGUUUCCUUCAGUCCUGGGUGAACUGCUGCCUGCUCAAGGAUAUCAUUACUGGGAAAUUAUUGUCUCUGCCUGCAGAAGCUACAGGAUUGGGAUUUGCUAUGAGACAAUAACACAGAGCAGUGUCCUGGGGCUGAGUGAUACCUCCUGGUGCAUGCGGUGCUGUCCUACACAAACCAGCUUUCUUUACAGAUUUCUUCACACUGGUGUGAUGAGUGAUGUCCAUGUGACAGAACACCUGGCCAAGAUUGGCAUCCUGUUGGAUUACAGUAGUGGGAGACUGUUGUUCUUCAAUGCAGAGAAAGGACUAGUGCUGUUUGCCAUGAGGCACAAAUUCACUGAUGCUGCUCACCCAGCCUUUGCCCUGGAGAAGGCAGGAGUGCUUACCCUGUGCACAGGAAUGGAGCUGCCCGAGUUCGUGAAGCAAUGCUGAUAUCCUUCUUCACACUUUCCGUAAAAUUGACAAUUAUAGUAUCAGGGGAUAGAGAGGAGAAGAGGGGUGCCAGGAAGGGAUGUCUAGUCUUCACUGAUGAACGCUAUGUGCACGGCUCUUCCUCACAUCAUCAGUAAUUGUAGCUAGUGCUCAGACACGUAAUCACCUGGAGCCUGGAAAGAAAAUCAACUUCUUCAGAUGGAGAUGCAAUGCACUCAGUGAUACACACAGCAAUACUUCUAAGGGGAUAAAGAAGUUUUGUUAGGUAUGAUAGUGCUAGCUGUCUUUUUAAAGUUAAUUAUGAACCUGUGUAUGAAAUAAAUGCAUUUCUCACUGCAA